AUGAAGAUCCAAUCCAAAGUCGUACUACUACAUAGGUUUGCCAGAUCAUAUGCAACUACAGGUGGAUCAACUGUUCAACAUGUGGCAAAGUUCGAAGGGGUUCCUCCGCAAUCCACGAUUUUCUCGCUCAUUCAGCCUACGGGAAAUAUCCACUUAGGUAACUACUUAGGAGCCAUUCGGAGCUGGAAGGAACUUUCUGAGUCAGACUCUCCGGGUUCCAAGUUUAUCUUUGGUAUUGCUGACUUACACGCCAUCACUUUGCCUAAAGAUCCCCAGACCCUAAAAAGGUUCAGACAUGAAGCCAUCGCCAGUUUAUUGGCUUCUGGAUUGAGUCCUGAGAAAUGUACAAUUUUUCACCAGUCUGCUGUUCCAGAACACACCGAAUUGUCAUGGUACUUCACCUGUAUCACAAGUAUGGGAAAUCUAAACAGAAUGACACAAUGGAAACUGAAAGCUCAACAAGUUCAAAACAGUUCCAUAUAUGACGAUAGGGUAAUGGAGGCUACUAAGGCAGGAGUGCUCUGCUAUCCCAUUUUGCAAGCAGCAGAUAUCUUGAUAUAUCGUGCCACUCAUGUUCCAGUAGGUGACGACCAAAGUCAGCACUUAGAAUUGACUAGAGGCAUAGCCAAUACCUUCAACCAUACCUAUAAAACGAAGUUCUUUCCUAUUGUAAAAACGUUGUUAACUCCUUCAAAGAAGAUCCUUUCUCUCAGAAAUCCUUCAAAGAAAAUGUCCAAGUCAGAUCCAGAUCAAAACUCAUGCAUCUAUGUAACUGAUUCACCUGAAAUUGUAGCUAAGAAGAUCAGAAAGGCUACCACUGACUCUAUUCAGGGCCCUAUCUACUAUGCUCCAGAGGAAAGACCUGGUGUAUCCAACUUGAUCAAUGUAAUUUCUGGGUUGACCGGUAAAUCCAUAGAUGAAGUCGUGGCAGACUUGCAUUGGGUCAAAGAUCACAAGCAGUUCAAGGACCAUGUCACAGAGUUGAUUGUAGAGGAGUUCCGAGAAAACAGAGAAAUGUACCAGAGAUUAACGGCUGACAUCAGCUAUCUUGACGAGGUGUGUGCUAGGGGAAGAGACAAUGCUAGAGAAAUCGCCCUGGCCAACAUCGCUCAAGUGAGAAAAUUGAUUGGAAUGGAUUAA